AUGGAAGGCAGAUUUCAUUUACAAAUAAAAUUCGUAGAUGGUACAACAUAUGUCACUAUACCCCAAGAAUCGGACCCUGGAGCACCUGCUACUGUGGCGACAAUAACUGAUCAGACAGGGUCGGGAGGUCCACUUUUACGUCCGUUUCCAGAUUGGGACUGGUAUAAAGGCGGAGGAUGUUACGAUAUUAUAAAUGUUUAUUCAAUAAAGAUUAUAUGCAAUCACAUUUUCGUUAUGGAUACUGGUAAAAUCGGAACUAACAAAAUAUGUGAUCCAAAACUAUUGGUCUUCGAUUUACUAAAGAAAAACUCAGAUGCAUUAGUUGAUUCAGUGUUCUUUCCAAGUGAAAUUGCUGCUAACAAAACGGGCGCUGGAUCACUAGUAUCGCCCGUCGUUUAUAUUCCUGGACAAUCGGUUUCUGGAUGCUCUCGAUUCAACGAUCGGAUUGUUAGUAUAUCCUCUUUUAAUAAAACGUUUAAUUCUGACAUACA